GGAGAGAAUAAGCUCGCAAUCAGCAUGACGCACGGGGCUCACGAAGUAGGAUGCACAGAGUUGAAAAAGCGUUUGGCCCAGCUGGCGUUGGCGGAGUUGCUCGAGUUGGCCGACUUGGCACAGAGAGUUUGUCGAGCAAGCUGCUGAACCGACGGCUGAACGAUCUGCUAAAGCGACGACUUAAGCGACGACUGAAGCAACUGCUCAACCACUGUUGAGUCGUUUGUUUAUCCCCUUUUGCGCGACGAACGUGCGGUUACCCCCGCGGGAUGUUGUGCCAGCAUAUGUUUGGCGCAGCUUAAGCAAGUGAAAAGGAAAGCGAAAAGAAAGCGAGAAAAAAGGGAGAGGAAAGGAGCCUUGACCGACACGAGGCGAAAACACACACGUGUUCCAAACCUAAGCAAAAGAAAAAUGAGCAGCGCAGUGAUCAAGCCAAGUAAUGGUGAAAUACCAAAGAAGAAGGAGGGGGAGGAGGAGGAAGUGAAGAACGAGUACCACGUAGAGACAAACAAAGAGCUACAAGUAAACUUAAACUUCCACAAUAACAACAUCAUAUCAAAUAUAUUUUCAAAUUUGAGUCUUUUCGAUUACGUAACAAACAUCUUCACGGUUAAUAAGAAGACGUAUAUGUUAAAAUAUUGCAAUAAGCUAAAUGAGGACAAUUUUUACAUUUCGUAUUUUCAAAAAGUGGAUGACAAAUUUGUGCAGAUAUCCCCAUGGCAUGACAUCGAUUUGGUGAAUGAAGACGGCACGUACAAUAUGGUGGUCGAAAUUACAAAGUACAAUUAUAUAAAGCUGGAAAUCCAGUUGACCGAAAGUUUUAAUGUUAUUAAGCAGGACACGAAGAAGGGCAAGCUGCGCUAUUACCAUAAUUCCAUUUAUUGGAACUAUGGCGCCUUGCCGCGCACGUACGAGUACCCCAAGCACAUUUACAGCUGCCAGACGGGGGACAACCAGGACUUGUUCUUCACGGGGGACGACGACCCCCUGGACGUGGUGGACGUGGGCCAGAACAGCCUCAAAAUGGGGCAGAUCGUCCCAGUCAAGGUCCUCGGGGCGUUCACCCUCAUCGACGAGGGACAGCUGGACUGGAAGAUCAUCGCCAUCAAUAAGCACGACAAACACUUCGACGACGUGAACUCCCUGGAAGACGUGGAGAAGUACUACCCCCACACGCUGAACCUGCUCCUGGAGUGGUUCCGCUCGUACAAAAUGGCCGAAUCGAAAAAGUUAAAUAUAAUCUCGAAGAAGUUGCAUACUAAGGAGGAGAGCGAGGGGUUGAUUAAGAAGACGCAAGAAUACUACUGUGAGUUCCUGCGGGAUGUGAAGAAGUUUGAAUAUGACCAGACGAGCCAAAGCACCUGUGGACUUAGCACGAAGCAGCAUUCAGGCAGUAGCGACCUCAGCUUGAGCACCCUUCCGAAGAAGUCGCAGGAGGAUUCUCUCUACAACAGCCUUCUGCAGGACAUUAGCAUUUCGUACCACAUGGCCGACCCGACGUACAGGCCGAACGAGCACAUUUGGAUCCACUGAGUGGUGUGUGUGUCUCUGCUGGGUGGCGGAGCGGCGCUCAGGCGGUAACAUGCGCAGCUGGCAUCGUCUGUCAGCUCCCCCCGAUUCGCCGCAGCACACGUUCGAUUGGAGUUCCAAUUUGACUCUCCCCCAUACCCCCCCGCGGUUGCGGC